AUGGAUGGGAAAAAGCACGGGGUGUUAAGUCACCUGAAGCAGAAAGUGCACCCCCUGCUGCCCAGUCUGCUGCGGGGCAAAACUCAAAACAAGGGAAGGCUGCAGUCCGGGCUGGCCCCGGACCGCCGCAUGAGCUCCUCUGUCCCCGACAUCAGGCACAAGUAUGUCCCGUCCACAGCUCACAUCCACAGGCAGGACGUGUCCAGCAGCUCUGCCUCACAGCUCAGUAAAGCAGCCCCGAGGCAGGCAGGAGGCGGGAGUGGCCCAAGGAUGGGAGCAGGGAGGAGUGAACAGGUUCUGUGUGCACCGACAGACUGCACGGACUGGAAUCCUACAAGAAGCUCUGAGAGUCGCCACAGACACAGGCACAGGCACCUUAGAGCUGCUGCAGACAUGGAGCCAGAGGAGCUGGGCCUGCCCGAGGUCAUGACCAUCUACACCCCAGAGCAGUCUCCUGGGGCCGCACACCAGGUAUCUGCAAAUCCACACGAGACAAGAUGA